GCUGCGGGCGGAGGGGCUGCCGUGAGGGGCUGCCGUGAGGGGCGCUGCCCGCAGCAGGGCCGGGGGCCGUGAGGGGCUGCCCGCAGCAGCGUCGGUGCCUCUGAGGGUCCCCGCCGCAGGAAAGCCGCCGCGAUGUCAUCUCCCUAGGAGUGGACUUGAAGGACAGAGAGGCACAGAAAACUGAAUCUGGGAAGCGCCUGAUUUAGAAAGAAAGGAGGAGAAAAUUCUACAGACCAGAGCAAGCUGUUCACCAUGUCAGUCAAAAAGGAAGGUGCCCACAAGAAGUGGGCUGCCCUGAAGGAGAAGCUGGGGCCCCAGGAGACCGACCAGUCAGAGGCCAACCUGGAAAAUGCAGAGCCAGAGCUGUGCAUCCGCCUCCUGCAAAUGCCCUCCGUGGUGAACUACUCGGGGCUGAGGAAGAGGCUGGAGAACAGUGAUGAUGCCUGGAUGGUGCAGUUCCUGGAGCUGUCUGGGCUGGAUCUGCUCCUGGAGGCCCUGGACAGGCUUUCAGGGCGAGGAGUGGCCAGGAUAUCCGAUGCCUUGCUUCAGCUCACCUGCAUCAGCUGUGUGAGAGCAGUGAUGAACUCCCACAAGGGCAUAGAAUACAUUGUGAGCAACGAGGGCUACGUCAGAAAACUCUUCCAAGCACUUGAUACAACUAAUGUCAUGGUCAAAAAGCAAAUAUUUGAGCUCCUGGCUGCACUGUGCAUUUACUCAUCAGAUGGUCACUCUUUGGCUCUGGAUGCUUUGGACCAUUACAAGAGUGUGAAGAACCAGCAGUACCGGUUCAGCAUCAUCAUGAACGAGCUGUCCAACACAGACAACGUGCCCUACAUGGUGACACUGCUGAGUGCCAUCAAUGCCAUCAUCCUGGGCAAAGAGGAGCUAAGAACAAGGACACAGAUCAGAAAUGAGUUCAUAGGGCUUCAGCUGUUGGAUGUUUUAGACAAGCUAAGAGACAUCGAGGAGGAGGAUCUGCUUAUCCAGUGUGACACAUUUGAGGAGUUCAAAAUAGAGGAUGAUGAGGAAUUAUUAAGGAUAUGUGAUGGCAUAAACAUGAAUGAUCAUCAUGAGGUCUUUUCAUCUCUCUUCAACAAAGUGAGCCGCUCUCCAGUCUCUGUCCAGCUGCUGUCCAUCCUGCAGAGCCUGCUGCACCUGGAGCCCUCUCAUCACUCCAGCCUCCUGCUCUGGGAGUCCUUGGAUGCUGUAGUGAACAGAGCCCUUUUACUCGCCAAUGACAUCCAAGGGAACACAGUUGAAGAAGUCAUUGAGAGGCUGCUGUCUAUCAAGAAACAUCCCGGCAGGCAGAAGCGAGCUGAGCACCGCCUGUCUGGGAGCGCAGCUGGAGCUGCCCAGGCUGAGCCAGAGCCGUGUGCACGGGCAGCUCGGUGUGCAGUGGGGUCAGCAAACCCCACCAGGGCACCAGCAACCCCCUCAGGGCCACUGGACAACGAAAAGAAGAUCUCAUCCUGCCAGUUCACAGCCUGCUGUGCCCUGCCAGAGAAAUCCAACCCUCCCUCCAACACUGCUCCCAACCCAGCACCUCCAGCCCCACCACUUCCACCCUCUGGCACAGCAGCCAUGACCCCCACAUCCCCCAUGACAAAUACACCUCCAGCCCCUCCACUCCCUGGCAUCCCUCCCCCUCCACCCCCUCCUCCUCCUCCUCCACCAUUGCCUGGCAUGGGGGGCAUCCCUCCUCCUCCACCUCCAUUACCUGGCAUGAGUGGUAUCCCACCCCCUCCACCUCCACUGCCUGGCAUGGUUGGUAUCCCACCCCCUCCACCUCCACUGCCUGGUAUGGGUGGCAUCCCUCCCCCUCCACCUCCAUUGCCUGGCAUGGUUGGUAUCCCUCCUCCUCCACCUCCAUUGCCUGGGAUGGGUGGCAUCCCUCCUCCUCCACCUCCAUUACCUGGCAUGGGUGGCAUCCCUCCCCCUCCACCCCUCCUUCCUGGCAUGCCAGGAGAUCACGUAGAAGCCGUGGUGGCCUCCCAGUACAGCUGCCCCCUGGGCUUGGGCAGGCCUCCCCACAAGACAGUGAAGACACCAACGCUGAGAAUGAAGAAGCUGAACUGGCAGAAGCUGCCCUCCAAUGUGGUGAGAGAGAGCCACUCCAUGUGGGCUUCUGUGAGCAGCAGCAGUGAGGAGGUGAUAGAGCCCAACUACAGCAGCAUUGAGCAGCUGUUCUGCUUCCCACAGCCAACCCCCAAGGAGAAGACAGCAGCACCAGUGAAGGCAGAGCCGAAGGAGAUCACAUUUUUGGACUCCAAGAAAAGUCUCAAUUUGAACAUAUUUUUGAAGCAAUUUAAAUGCUCCAAUGAAGAGGUGACUGCCAUGAUCCAGAAUGGGGACCGGACCAAGUUUGAUGUUGAGGUUCUGAAGCAGUUGCUGAAGCUGCUGCCUGAAAAGCAUGAGAUAGAAAACCUGAAGGCCUUCAAAGAAGAGAAAUCAAAGCUAGCAAAUGCAGAUCAGUUCUAUCUUCUCCUCCUUCAGAUUCCCAGCUACCAGCUGCGCAUUGAGUGUAUGCUGAUCUGCGAAGAGACCACCGUCGUGCUGGACAUGAUUCAGCCCAAAGCUGAAGCCAUCCACAGAGCCUGUGAAGAUCUUCUGACCAGUCAUCGCCUGCCAGUCUUUUGUCAACUGAUUCUCAAAGUUGGAAACUUCCUAAACUACGGAAGUCACACGGGUGAUGCCGAUGGGUUUAAAAUCAGCACUUUACUCAAACUAACAGAAACCAAAGCCAACCAAACCCGCAUUACCCUGCUCCACCACAUUCUGGAGGAAGUAGAAAACAGCCACAAGGACCUACUGGAACUGCCAAAGGAUCUUGAAUAUGUUUCAAAAGCAGCAGGAAUUAACCUUGACAUUAUACGCACCGAGUCCGGUACCAAUUUAAAGAAGUUGCUGGAGCUUCAGCGGAAAGUCUUAUCAUCAAAUGAGGAUGUGAAACAGCAGUAUGAGAAACCCAUCCAGGACAGCAUUGAUGCCUCCAGAAAGCUGGAAGAAGAAUUUGAAACCAUUGAAAAGAAGAGAGAAGAACUUGCAAAUUAUCUCUGUGAAGAUCCAAGCAAGCUGUCCUUAGAGGACAUAUUUAGCAUCAUGAAGACCUUCAGAGACCUCUUCAUCCGAGCCCUGAAGGAAAACAAGGACAGAAAAGAGCAAGCUGCCAAAGCAGAGAAGAGGAAAAAACAGCUAGAAGAGGAAGAGGGCAAGAGACAGAAGGGAGAAAAUGGAAAAGUCAUCAGGAAGGGGCUGAUGAAGCAGGAGGAGGUGUGUGUCAUCGACGCCCUGCUCGCCGACAUCAGGAAAGGCUUCACGCUGAGGAAGACAAAGAACAGACACGAGUCAGAGGCAGCUCCUAAACCCCUCUCUGCAGAGAGCCUGGAGGAGAGCCAGUCUGGACAAAGCAGGAAGGACCCACAAGCAGCAGGGAAGCAGAUUGAUGACAAGACUGAGCAAAACAAGGAUGAUCAUCCCUCAGAAAGCACUCCUCCCUCAACCACUGCCCCGAUGGAGACAGGUGGAGGUGUUACAAAUGCUUCAGCUUCAGGCCAGGCAUUAUCUACAAACAGUGCUGGAGGAAGUCUGCCACUGGAGUCCCAGACCAAAAGCCCCUCAGAGACCGUGGUGGGAGCUGAUGGAGCCACUCAGACCACGCUGGGCCCCGGGAUGGAGCAGGCAAACAACGUGGAAAGCCUCCAGCCCAGCACAGAGAGAGGCUCCCUUGGCUUCUCUGUGGCUGACAUAGGCUCAGGGAUCAGCUUUGUGAGCAGCAGUUCAGCCCCUGCUCUGCCAGACCAACUCAGCUGGACUAACGGGGCCAUGUCAGGAGGCCAGGACAAGGAGUGCCCAGCUGAUGGCUCAGACAGUGCUCAGCCUGCCCCCUGCCAUGAGGCUCAGCAGGCAGAGUCUAAAGAAAUGACAAAGGAGAAUGAAGAUCCUGGUACAGACUCACUGUUGGACACCUCUCAAGACAAGUCCUUCUCAGAGGAGCCGGCCACUGACUCCUCUUGCUCAGCAACACUUCCCCCAGAGCAACCUCACAGUGACAGGGAAAAGCAGAGGCCAUCAGGGAAAAGGAAGAAGAAGAAGAGGCACAGCAAAAGCUACUCAGCAGAGGUUGAGACUGAUUCUGGAGAUAAUAAAACAAAAAAAGAUUGUGUGGCACAAUGAGGUGUCAUGGCAAGGCAGAAGGUAUGAGAGAACCUCUCAUGUGUCCCUGGAGUGCUGCCAGCUUCUGAGACUCCAGGUUCUGCAUCAACGAAACGCCACCAUGGACAACUUCUGCCCCGUGAAGACCCACAGCCUCUCCUCAUGCAGCCUUUCACUCCCCUCCCAGGACCUAAAGAGCCUCCCCAGAGACCUUGGACCCCUCAGGCUGUGCCCUGGGCACCUGUGGGGACAGGGGAUGGCUCUGUGCAUAGUGGUGGUGGAAGGGUCAGACCUGUCACCCACUGUCCUGGAAGCCAAGGCUUUCAACCUGCUCUUGGGCCAAACUCCUCUUGAAGUGACAGCUGAGUGUGGCCCAAGAACAGACUGCAGUGGCUAGCCCUUGAAGAACUGUUAAAAACAGCAGUGCCUCAACUAAAUUAAGGGUAUAAAUUAAGCAGUGGCUGUACCAUCACAAGUGGAGGUGUGUUAAAUCCCUCUUCUCCUUGCCCACUGAUGACUUAUAUUGGACCAGGUCCAAGACCCAGAUUAGACAAAUGUAUUUUCACUCUCAAUCACUUAAAGCAAGGGAAAUUGGUUAUGGGGGGAAAAAGCAAGUAAAAGAAAAUGUAUUUUCUAUUUUACUAAGCAUAUGGCCAUAUAAGCAGUGUCUGGUUCCUACAUGAUGCUUAUGUGCAAUUAAGUUGAAGUGCAUCAGUAGUCUUAAGUAGUCUUGUCACACCUGCUGAUGCAACCAUCAAUAUUUGGAGAGCCAGGGCUCUGGUUUCUCUUACUAAAGCAAAAGGAAGAGGUUUUCCAGUGUUCUAUUGGACACAUUUUCAUUUUAUCCUGUAGUAAAUCUCUGGGUUUGAUUUCCAUUGUCAGCUGCUUGUACUCGAGAGUCUGUGUCCAAGCUGCAGAACGUGUGGAAUCAUGUUACUUUGGCUUUAAAACUGGGACUGUGCAGUACUGUGUUUUCAAAAUUCAGAGCUUUAUUUCUCAAGUUUUGUAAUAACACUGUAUAAUAAUUUUGUACAUAGCUGUCCAUUUAAAAUGAUCUAUGUUUGUUGAAUCUAUGGUGUGAUAUGUGCUGAAACAUAAAUCCAGUGGAAGAGCUGGGUACAUUUCAGAACUGUUCAUUUAUAUGGUAACUCACUGUGGCUAAACUAAUGUGCAGGCUAAAGCUUAUUUUGAUCUGCUUAAUAGGACUUGUAAUGUCCUUGUAAUACUGAAAACUUAGAAGUGAAACCAAGAAUUAAAUCACUGGUUUGCUUUAACCAAG